AUGGGGAAUCACUGUAUGCAAAACAUGGUCGUGUGAAGUCCAAGCACAACUAUAUAUCUCAAAGAAUGAGGGAGCUUGGUAGAUUCAUGUUGACUGCCAAAGCUAUGGACAGUACUGUGAGGACUUUGGAAGACAUAUGUGUCCCCAAGAAAUUUCUGCUUGUGGUCAAUGCAGCCAAGAAAUUAACAGAAUUCAGUCCAAGCAAAAAUGAAUAUGGGAAACCCUCAACAGCAGUGAGAGUGGGAUUCUGCCUGAAAGGAGCAGUGGAGGUGUUGAUUGGGCAAAGUCUCAUGAACGAUGAUGACCUGGCAGAAAAAAAGGCAAAAAAGUUUUUGGAGCUGUUGGAAAAAAAUUGGAAAACUCAUGUUGCGGUAUCUGCUCACCAGAGCAUGCAGGAGAAGAGGUGGAACAAACCCGAUGACAUUCACCUCACAAAAAAUGUCAUGGCACUUAGAGAUCAUCUCAGGAUGGUGGAAGACAAAGCCAGAGCUGAACUGGAGCAGCAGCUGAGUUUGACUGCAUACAAGGUGUUAAAUGAGAGCAUUCUGGCACAGCUGAUUGUUUUUAAUAAGCGUCGUGAAGGAGAAGCAUCGCGCUUGACUCUCGAAGCCUACAAAAAAGUCAACACUAAUCCUAUCAAUGAGGACAUUUACAGCACUCUGUCUCCUUUAGAGAAGGAACUGAGCAAACAGCUGACUCGCAUCGAGGUCCGAGGAAAAAGAGGGAAGAAGGUUCCUGUUUUUUUCACACACAGGAUGAUGGAGUCAAUCCAAGUGUUGUUGAAAUGGAGAGAUGAAGCUGGUGUUCCCACUGAAAAUCCCUACCUCUUUGCCAGAGCUGGUGUGCUGACGAACAUACGUGGCUGCGACUGUCUGCGGAAAUAUGCAGAGGAGAGCAAAGCAGAAAACCCUGAGCUCCUCAGGUCAACUAAACUAAGAAAACAGGUGGCCACACUUUGCCAGCUCCUGGAUCUUGACGAACAAGAGCUGGAACAAGUUGCUCGGUUCAUGGGUCAUGACAUCAGAGUUCACCGGGACUUUUACAGACAGACUGACAAAACCUUUCAGAUAGCAAAGAUUAGCAAGCUUUUGUUUGCUAUGGAACAAGGCAGUAGCACCUUAACAGGGAGGAACUUUAACACACUCCAUCCCUCUGUGUCUGGUAUGUAUGUACACACACUGUUGUUUUUAUGUACACACCAUGUUGUUGUGUAACAGCUGUCUGUGUUGUUGUUUUUUGUCAACACCUAUAGCUGGACACUAGUUUGAUAAAUACACAAACUACAUAUUUCUACCUGUACAGAAUUGUUUCUUUAAAAUACUCUGUAUUAAUAUUUGACUGUUGGCUUUUUCUCAGGUGAAAGUCCCACACCGACACAGAGUCAUGUGACCUCUCCGAUAGAAACAGAUGAAGAGGAUGAAGAUAAAGGUCGUGACCUCUGUUCCCCUGCCCCCUGCAGUGAGGAUGAUGGUGAG